AUGGAGCACAAUGCAAUACAGUGGUUGGGUGCUCCCUCCUGCCAGAGAGGCAGCUACGCCUUCUACAAGUCAGUCGGCAGCAAGACUGGAGCCGAUGGCCCCUUGCGAGUUUGGAGGCUGGGCGAAUUUUACUUUGUUCGGUGCGCACCGGGGGAUCCCGUGUGCAUUGCUGAGGUGACCUUACUGUGGGAAGACCAGGCACAGCGCCACCUCCUGGCCAGUGCGAGACUGUACUUCCUGCCUGAAGACACACCAAAGGGUCGAACGAGGGAGCAUGGAGAGGACGAGGUUCUGGCCGUGUCCCGAAAAAUGGUACUGCGAGUGGAGGACCUGGUCCGGUGGUCGUGCGCCGAACCGUUAGGGUGGAGUCACACACCCAACGGCCUUAACAAACCACCACAGAGCAGCGACGUUGACGGUGUCUGUGUGACCGACUACAAACCCCUGAAAGACAAGCGCGAAAGUGAGAAAUGCACAGAACAAACACAGCAAAACGUCAAAGUCCUUAGUUACCCUCAAUACUGCCGCUACCGCUCGCUGCAGAGGCGCAUCCAGGAUGGUGCCCGGGGCCCGACCCUGCAGGAUGCCCACCUGUUAGCGUUAGGUGGCAUCAGGGCGACGCCCAGCACCCGCUUGAUGUACUGCAGGGACACCUUCAACCACCCGACGCUGGAAAGCAGCGUCAGCUUCUCCUGGCAGUUCCGGUGUCCAUCUCAUAGCCUCCGAGGUCGACCUCGCAAAAGACGAGGCCGCGACGACAGAGACGAUAUGACCUCCAGCCAGUCCGAAUCCUGGAUCGAGAGGAUGAAGGAAAAUGUGAUGGGCAGCGUGGAGGAUGGCGGCGAGAGCGGCUGGCUGCCCCAUCCUGAAGAGCAGAUGUUCCUAGAUGAGCUAUUCGCCUUCAUGGAGCGUCAAGGCUCGCCCAUCCACAAAGUGCCCAACCUUGGCUUUAAGAAGAUCGACCUCUUCCUCAUGUACUCUUUGGUCAGACGUCUCGGAGGCUACGAAAAGGUGACGUCCGAGCGUUUGUGGAAGGUGGUUUACAACGAGUUGGGUGGAUGUCCCGGCAGCACCAGUGCUGCAACCUGUACUAGGAGACACUACGAAAGGCUGAUGCUGCCCUAUGAAGAGCACCUGAUAGCCGGAGGCAGGGAAUUCCAAAUCCCAGAAUGCGCACUACCCAUCAAGCCGCGAGGCAUCCGGGGAAGGAAGCCACUGCCGCGAGGCAGAAAGCCAGGACCCAAAGUCAAAGCCAAGCUGGUGGUUGCCACUUCACCGACCACUAUCACCACCGCUGACGGCACUGUAGUGGUGGUGAAGCGAGGGCGAGGCCGGCCGCCCGGCAAGCGCAACAAGGCCACGCUGCUUGCUCAGGCCAAACUGCAGGCUCAGCAACAAGCCAAAGACAACACAGAGUCUCCCAAGCCUCUUCCUCUGGUCCGGAGCGCCAAUGGGCUCACGGCGCCAAAUAUCGCUACGCAACAGGUGUCGCAGCCUGUUCCGUCUCCCUCCCUGCAGCCCAUCCAGCCGACGCUCCUCCCCAUCAACCUGCCCCUUACGCCAGACCUCUCCCCCUUGUCCUCCCCCUUUCUUUCCUUUCCGCCCAAGCAAAAGGACCUCAAGGAUCGGGUUGUGGAGCCUGUAGCUCUGGCUCCUGGCACAGUCCUCUCUGCGCUGCCCUCCGCGCUGCCUCGCCACUUCGUGGGAGGAUCGCUGGGCGGGUUCAGUCCCAUCAAAGGUCUGUGUCCCUUGGACGUGCUCAGGAACCGUGUGGGCUUCCAGAUGGUCAAGGACAGUCCGAUGCCCAAGGAGCCGGGUCGACCGCAGGCUGCCAUCUACACCAUCCAGCCCAAACACCAAAGCCCGACUAACCCACUCCCGAGUGGAGAAUGGCUGCCUCCCCCAGCCCGCCCGAUCCGACAGCACGAGGAAGCCCAGAGGGCGAACGCUCGGGACACCGGGAACCGCCACCCCCCUCCGCCCCCUCUCCGGGUCCUACCUUUGGACCUGGACUGUAGCGUAAAAGUCCGACAGCUGAUGAGGAGUCCUCUGGGCUCGAGUCAGUUCCAAACUUUCACCCGUCGGCUGUCUGAAGCGCUCGCUCAGGACCUGAGCGCCAAGCCUCCCAGCUCGCCGGUCACGCCGCCACCCGAGCAGGCCCUGCCGCUCAACCUCAGCAAGCGCUUUACGCUCAAGAGACCCGGCACGGACACUGCGGCGCUCCCUCCGUUGACCGCUAACGGAACGGCAGACCAGACGUCUCCCAAGAGAAGCAAAAUGGACCACUCUGAGAACGCAAAGGAUUUGAGUCAUUGCGUCAGCAGCAGUGCACACGCCACCUCUGGGGGCAACGGAAGUGAGGGCCAGGAUCUGGGAGCAAAGAACCAAGAGGAACCGGCAGACCUGAGCUCCCCCAGCAGGAUCAGGGCCUUUCUGCUCGGCCUGCCACCGUUCCAGGUGAAACUGGACGAGGAUGCGAAUGGGGCCAAGUCGGGCAAAGUCCUUCCGUCGGGCUCCGGGUCGGAAAGCCCGAAGACUGUGAAGAUCAAGAAAGAGGCCGAGCCCGUGGAGCUGAGCGACUGCCAGGUGGACUCCCUGACCGAACAGGUAGCAAAUGAGGAGAUGCUAAACGAGGGCAUGGUGAAGGAAGGGAAUGGCAAAAUGGAGGACUUGAGCGAUCAGUUGUGUGAGGUGGAAGCCUCCAAAGGCCACCUGAGCCCCGUUCUCCCCCAGGCCAGCACUCUGGUCUUGGCCCAGCAGAGCUGA